ACUAAUAAUUAUGUACAAUAUUAAGUGACGAGUCUAGUGAGUUAAAUUAAUGAUGGUCAGGAAGAAAGUUGAAGAUAAUUAUACGAGUGAGGAGAACAUGAUAGACCAGACCUUCAAAACUUGUACCAAAACGUAUGAGACAGAAAUUGUCUGGUGUGAGGGUUGGGUCUUAUUUAAGUAGCAGCUGUCUUCUACAACAACUCUGCCACUAUAUAAACCAGCGUCCCGCGACUGCACUAGACCAUCAUCUAGGCCACAGCACCAAACAGAUGUUCUCCUUUCACCAGAAAAGCUAUUUGGGCAAGAAGUGGGUGCCUGGCACAUGCUGUUACUGAUUUGGACAUGGUCGGAUGAAGAUUGGUAAGCAACAUGCUAGAGGGUUUGCCUUGGAAGUCAUGGGAGACAUUCUUACUUCUGAGGAAUUGCUGUCAGAGUUACAACAUUUAUAUGAAGAAGAUAGUACAAAUAAUUUUAUGCCAGAAUCUCUCUUAUUAGCAAUAAAGAACCAAAUAUCAAAUGCUAAACAUACUGAAGAUGCUGCAAACAAGUUAUAUAAAUUUGCAAAGUCAAAGAGAGAGAUGAAGAAACUUCAGGUAGUGGAGGUUGAGGUUCCUGCAGGAAUCUUGCAAGAUGGGUACAGUGCAACACUUGAAGACAUCAGGGUCCUGUCUCGGGGCCCAGAUGAUCACAUUUAUAGUAAAAAUCCUGACAUUCGUAAAUGGAUUCCUCGUGGUACCACAAUAAUGCAUCUAAAGGGUGAUGUUGAAUGGUUUGAUGUUGUCAUUUAUGCUAACAAGAAGUUUAUCGGUGGCAUUGGUGAUGAAGAUGAAUGUCAACCAGAAGAUGGUGAGGAAUGGCGUGAUUACUGUCUUGAGGAUCCAGACACUGCUAACAGUGUGAUCUGCAUGGAAAAACUCAAUGGAGAAGCAGCUCAUUUCAGUGGAAGAUAUAUAGAUAAUAAUUUUUACCUCAUUACUGGAAGCAAGAAUGUUCACAUGCUGAUCAGAGACUGCACAGAUAUAGACCGGUAUCAUGGAUCUAGAUAUGGUGUAGCUCAGGUUGUGGCAAAAACUGUCUGCAAUACCCUGAAAAACUUAGAUGAUGAUAAGCGCCAUCUCUUAUUUAAUUUCCUUCAUCAUACAAAAUGUACAGCAUUUUGUGAAAUUCUUCAGCCUGAAAAUCAACACAUAGUUAACCUUAGUGAACUUAGAGAACCUAAAAUCAGUUUAAUUGCAUUUACAUCUAUUGCCACUACUGAUAAAGAAACGAGCCUCACUGCGUUGCCGCCUCACCACGGCCUGGAACUGUCUGGACAUCUAGGGUUAUCGUUUACCGGGUACAAGAUCAUAAACCCUCAAGAAGUUUUAGUACGUAGAAAAGAGAUUCGAGAGAAAACCGACAUUGAGGGAGAAGUGUUGUAUUUUCUAAACACAAAUAAUGAUACAAUUGGAUUGGCAAAAGUCAAGUCGACCUGGUACAUUAUUCUCAGAGCAUUACGAGAAAAAACUGUGUUUAGUUUCACAGUUGCCAAGAAGAAAAGUGACUGGAAAUUGAAGGAUUAUAUUCAUCUAACCCAUAAACGUUUCCUGGAGAUACAAAAAUGGUUAAAAUUUUCGGAUGCAUAUUUACAAAGCUGGAAAAAACUCUCUGGAAGUUUUCUGCAUUGGGUAGACGACAAAGAUCGGCAUAAUAGUUUGGAACGCUCUUGCAUCCGACCACAGUUCCCUAAAUUGUGGGAGCAGUUUCUUGAAGAAAUGGACGAAACGGACAAAAUAGAACUUAAAUAAUCAUAUGAGUAUUGAUGGUAUUCCUGUCUUUUUUUAAUUACCCAGAAUACAGCAUGAUGCUAUUGAAUUAGAUAUUGGCUACUACA